AUGACGUCGUUCCAACUAGUAUAUGGCCAUGAAGCUGUGGUUUCAGCCAAAAUAACAGUUCCUUCGUUAAGAGUGGAAAAGCAAAAAGAACUGUCGGCUAAUGAAUAUAGUGAGUUGAUGAAUGAAGAAAUGGAGGAAACACCUGAAACUCGGUUGUUGGCAUUGAAUCACUUACAAGCCUAUCAAAGCCGAGUGUGUGGUGCAUAUAAUAAAAAAGUAAGAGCUAAAUCCUUUGCAGUUGAUGAUUUGGUUCUUAAGCUAUUAUUUCCUAUCGAUCAGAAAGAUCGAGUAUAUGGUAAAUGGUCUUCGAAUUGGGAAGGACCAUUUCAGAUAAGCAGAAUCACAAAAGGGAAUGCAUAUUAUUUGAAAAACAAAGAUGGGUUAGAAAGUGAGAAGCCAGUUAAUGGAAAAUAUCUAAAAAAGGAUGCAGUUUAUAAAGUUGAGAAAGUUGUUCCUGAAGUUUCAUCCCUUCUGCUUUCUUGGACUUCAAUUGAUCUUGCAGUUGAAGUCGACGCUGGGAGGUACGGGCUAGAGUUGAUUCGGCUGCAGCUAAUUCUUCCUUAG